AUGGCGAGAGGCAAUCGCAAGAAGGCUUACGCGGCACGGUCCAGAAACGGCUGUCAGGCUUGCCGCAUCCGGCAUAUCAAAUGCGACGAGGCGCCUGGAAGCUGUAUCAACUGCCGGUCUGCUGGGUGGACAUGCGAUUACGAUUACAAUGUACACAAAUUACCGCGCACUGCGUCUGCUUCUGUCAGUACGACAGCUGCUGCCGCCGCUGACAUCUCCGAUAUCGCGACUCGCGGGUUGCCCAUGACCGCCGACGAACGGCGCUGCUUCAGCUACUUCCAGCACCGGUUGAUUGCCAGCCUGACAGGUCUUUUUGAUGCUCCCUUCUGGCAGCAGCGCGUGCUGCAGCUGUACCGCUACGAUGCGGCCGUCUUCCACGCGGUCAACAUGCUGAGCGCCGUGCACGAGGAGUGCGAAGAACACGGCAUGCAGAUGUCGGACGCCGUCUUGUGCACGGAACGAGUGCGCUUGUUCUCCCUGCAGCAGUCGACUCGGGCCGUGGCGCUCCUCGCCCGGCGGCUCGCCUCGCACGAUCCCCAACUCCGGUCGAUCGUCCUGCUCUGCUGUCUGCUCUUCGUCCUGGCAGACGUGCUCCGAACACACUACCACCGAGCAUGGAUGCAUCUCCGCAGCGGGCUGCGCAUCAUCGCCGAGCUAGAGACGCACGGCCAGCUGGACUCGGUCGAUCCGUCUCUCAUCGCCGUCUUCCGGCGACUAGACAUCCAAGCCUCGCUGUACGGGGCAGCAAGCCACCCGAUUCUAUGCACGGACAACACCCUCCCUCUGGAUAGAUUACUGCCACCCUGCGACGGACCCCCCUUCACCACCCUCGACCACGCCCAAGAAGUACUAGCCAGUUUACUAGAGCGAGGCAUCCCGUUUAUUUCCACCGUGCUGGCCCUGUUCCCCACCAAGCCCGUAGCCCAGUCCGAGUACGCGUCCCUCCAUCUCACCCAGGGCCGGCUCCUAUCCGCCUUCACCCAGUUCGCCGAGCGUCUAGCCCUAUUCACAUCGACGCAUGUCCUCGUGACUGAAAAACACCGCCGCGGAGCACACAUAAUGCACUGUCUCACCAUCGGCCAGAUCCUAGUCCUCCGCACCUGUCUCUUCCAGGGCCCCGUUCCCCCCUCGUUUAUCCCAGAGUACCGCGCCGUCCUGGAAGCGCACGAAUCCCACCUGGCGGGGUUUUCGCAUCGGCCGACGUUGGUGCUCAACCAUGGCGUCAUUGCGAACAUGUACGUUCUUGCCACGCGGUGUCCGGACAUCUCCCUCCGCGUCAGAGCUAUCAGGCUCUUACGCGCUUGGCCACAUUACGAGGGGCUGCAUAGUUCUUCCAUUGCGGCUUUGUUGGCAUUGGAUAUCCUGAGAAAGGAGUAUACCUUCCUCGAUUCCUCGCUACAAAUCACUGCCGAGGAGAAUCUGUUUCUCGUUCACUUCCUACGUUCGGUGCAGAAUGGGACACACUCUUGUUCUGCUUUGAAUAGCGUGGUUUGUACAAAGUAUUACACUGCUUUAUUGAAUAGAAUGGCAUAA